AGAUGGGACCCCUCCCUUCCAAGUAUAUAAUCCUGGAAGACAAGAGAAGGCGAUCAUACAGGGACACCAAGCAGAGGAACUAACAGCGCUGUUUGGAGGGAAAUAAAAUAGCUUAUAACCAUGAGAAGCAUCCACGGCUUGGCUGGCAUCCUCCUGGUCCUGGGGUUUGUGCAGGUCAGCUGGCAGGUUCCUCUACUACUCGGCGGCGAGAGCUUAAGCUUUGAGGAAGACAACACAUCAGACAAUGAGCCCCGGGAACUGGUGACCAUGAAGAGACACUCAGAGGGAACGUUCUCGAACGACUACAGCAAAUACCUGGAGGACAGGAAGGCCCAGGACUUUGUCCGGUGGCUGAUGAGUGACAAGAGGAGCGGUGCUGACAAGCGCCAUGCGGAUGGGACCUUCACCAGCGACGUGAGCUCCUACCUCAAGGAUCAAGCAAUCAAAGACUUUGUUGCCAAGCUGAAGUCCGGACAAAUCGGAAGAGAAUCGCAAAUGGCCAGGCUGGCUAAAACGUUCAGCAGGAGGCAUGUCGAUGGAAGCUUCACCAGCGACGUGAACAAGGUGCUGGACUCCAUGGCUGCCAAGGAAUACUUACUCUGGGUCAUGACCUCUAAACCUUCGGGGGAAAGUAACAAAAGGCAAGAUGACCAAUGAGAGUCUUCUCCAAGCUCCCCCCCCC